AUGUCGACUCAGGUGGAGAGCAAGGACCCAAUCACGACAGAGCCUGGCCAAGAUGUAGAGGUUGGCCAUGGACACCUCAAGGAGCUGGAGGUCGAUGUGGCCAAGGUGCUGGGUGAUGACCAGUCGUUUGAUCUCGACUCCGACCACUCUCCGUACCCUGAAGUCCGAGCUGUCGUGCCGGAGGUCGACGACCCUCUCAUGCCAGUCAACACUCUUCGCAUGUGGAUCCUAGGCUUCAUAUUCACCAUGAUCGGCGCUGGGGUCAAUAACUUCUUCUCGCUGCGUCAACCGUCCGUCCACAUUGUGUCAUUGGUCGCCGAGCUGCUGGCGUUCCCAUGCGGCAUCUUUCUGGCUCAUAUACUCCCGCUCUGGACUGUCAAUCUCGGACCGCUUGGCAAAUGGAACCUCAAUCCGGAUCGCCAUUUCAAUAUCAAGGAGCAUUGUGUCAUCACCAUCAUGGCCAACGUCUCGAUUGCCUGGGGCACUGCAGAUGCCACUAGCCUCAUCCAAGCAGCGCAAGCGUUCUAUGAGUUCAAGCUCAGCGCCGGCUUCAAGGUGUUGGUCGUUCUCUGCUGCCAACUCCUCGGCUUUGGAAUCGCAGGGCUCGGCAGGAAAUGGGUGGUUGAACCUGCAAAUAUCAUCUGGCCCGGGACAUUGUCCAUCUGCGCUCUAUUGACCACGCUGCAUUCUCGAGCCAAUGCCGUUGCAAAUGGCUGGAAGAUCUCCCGCCUUCGAUUUUUCAUGGUGGUCAUGGCCUGCGCUUUUGGGUGGUACUUCUUCCCUGGACUCAUCUUUGUAGCUCUGAGUUAUUUCACCUGGGUUUGCUGGAUUGCGCCCAACAAUCGAGUCGUAAAUCAUCUCUUCGGCAUGCAAACCGGUCUUGGUCUCUCUCCGAUUACCUUUGACUGGACUCAGAUCGCCUACAAUACGAACCCUUUGCUAUCACCAUCUUGGGCCGCACUCAAUGUCUUUCUAGGAUUUGUUGGCGCCUUCUGGAUUGUGGUUCCCGCUAUCUACUACACCAACACGUGGUGGACGGGCUACUUGCCUCUGAUGACGGCAGAUGUGUAUGACCGGUACGGUGCCGAAUACAACGUGAGCAUGAUGAUCAACGCCGACGGCACCUUCAACGAGACUGCAUACCAGGCGUACUCCCCUCCGUAUCUUGGCGCAUCCUUCGCUUUUGUGUAUGGCCUGUCAUUCGCAGCUAUCACCUCUGUUCUGGUACACGUUUUCCUCUGGCACGGCAAAGACAUCGUCGACGCUAUGAAAGGGCGCACAAAGAUGGACAUUCAUGCGCGCCUGAUGCAAUCAUACAAACAGACACCCUGGUGGAUGUACGCUGGUAUUGUCGUCAUGAUGGUUGUCCUUUCAAUCGUCAUGGUAGAAGUGUACGACACCAAACUUCCGGUCUACGGUGUCUUCCUCGCCCUGGUCAUCCCCGCGAUAUACAUGAUCCCAUGCUGCAUCAUCCAGGGUAUCACCAAUGUUGACGCCCAGCAGCUAAACGUGCUCGCGGAGUUCAUCGGUGGAUACAUGUUCCAAGGCAAACCUCUCGCCAACAUGAUCUUCAAGACCCUCUCGCAGGAUGUCGUCCAACAGGGCUUGUUCUUUGCCCAGGAUAUGAAACUUGGGCACUAUAUGAAGGUCCUUGGUGCUCUGACACAAGUCGGUACCACGAGCUGGAUGCUAGGACACAUCGACAAGAUCUGCACCUACGAUCAACCCGACCGUUUCUCUUGUCCGCAAGGCAGAACGACGUACUCAUCUUCGGUCAUCUGGGGCCUUAUCGGACCCAGUCGGCUGUACUCUUCCGGCCAGAUCUACUCUGGUCUUUGUCACUUCUUUUGGAUUGGCGCGCUGAUGCCGAUUGUGACCUGGUACGCCUGGAAGCGCACAAAAAUCGACUGGCUUAGGUAUAUCAACUGGCCACUCAUCUUCGUUGGAACGUACAAUGUUCCGCCCGCGACUGGCAUUAAUUAUAGUUCGUGGUGGCUCGUCAAUUUCCUCUUCAACCGUGUAAUCUUCCAGAAAGCUUUUGCCUGGUGGACAAAGUACAAUUACAUCCUGGCUGCAGCGCUGGAUACUGGCACGGCGUUGUCCGGCAUUAUCAUAUUCUUUGCCAUCAGCUAUACCGGAGCUGUGUUUCCCGAUUGGUGGGGUAACACAGUGUUCGUUAACACGGCGGAUGGUGAUGGUGUCCCGUAUCUGGAUAUGCCUGCGGCAGGCUAUUUUGGACCGGCAAAUGGGACUUGGACCUAA